UUGCCGGCUUGCAAUUCGGUAAAUUGGAUUGCAUAGUGGGAAAAUUGGAUUAGAGUGAAUCACCACACUAGUGUGAUUUUGCAACCAGCAUUUGAACUUAUUUUGCCAUUUACCUCAAAGGAAACUAGUCGCAAAGAUGGAUUGCUGGCUACCAUUGGAGUCCAACCCAGAUGUAUUGUCCAAGUACAUGACUGACCUAGGCGUGUCUCCGCUUUGGAGCAUCGUCGAUAUAUAUGGAAUGGACGACGAGCUGUUAGAUAUGGUGCCUAAGCCACUGAAAUCGCUCAUUUUCCUGUUCCCUUGCUCGAAGGCGCAUGAGGAAAGACGGGCAAAGGAAGACGAAGAAUUGAAGAGUAAAAAUAUCGUACAUCCUGAGAAACUUUUCUUCACCCGUCAGUACAUUCACAACGCGUGCGGAACCAUUGCCCUGAUCCACGCCAUACUGAACAACCCAGACAUCGAGGUUGAAGAUGGCAGUGUCCUUAAGAAAUACUUCGACGAUGCCAAAAAUCUUACUCCCGAAGAGCGCGGGAAACUCCUGAACAAUAGCAAGGAAUUUAUGGAAAAGCACGAGUCAAACGCACAGGAGGGGCAAACCGCAACGCCAGAUAUCAACGACGCGGUUUAUCAUCAUUUCGUGGCAUUUGUGCAUGUUGAUGGAAAGUUAUACGAGCUAGAUGGAAGGAAGAAUUUCCCGGUUGAGCACGGCAGCACGUCGCCGGAAACGCUAUUGAAAGACGCAGUGCAAGUUUGCAAGAAAUUCAUCGAGGUUGAUCCCACUGAAGUACGUUUUACUCUGUUGGGGCUCGCUCCAACUCAGUAAAACGGCUAAGACAUGUCAUCGUUCAUAAAAAGAAAGAAUGCUCUCAAGACGUUGCUGCUUUUUAAGCUUAACAAAAUUCAUUCAUGGAAUCUAUAAACUUAUCCAUUGGAAAUAAAUCGCGCUGACAAAGCUUUAUA